UACACACACAGGGCAGGGCACGUCAUUGUUGAUAAAUGAUUCUGAAACCCAUUUGUUUUUGUUGCAGCAUCCUCUAUGCUGAGUUACUUUUGCCCGUGGCUACUUGCGCUUUUGAACAUCGCUUCGGAGGCUGCUAGCCCAUCUGCAGUAGCAGCUACAUGUAUGUAGAGGAGCGAUGAUGAUGCAGGACCUAUGAAAUGACUAGGCUACUGUCUUUAAAUCAAGAAUGGUGUUAACCUUUUGAUCACCAAAUAGAUAGGAUGCUGGAUCUUAUUCGGUUUGAUAUCAGUGCAAUGCUUGAUGAUCUGUUUGUGUAGGCUACAUCAGGAGCGUUUGUAGAAUAUACAAUCUCUAUAGCCUAUAUUUGACAGGCAGGUGCUUGUUUGCUGCGAUGGUUCGGAUGAUGGAGUCUCAGUGCGAGUAUUUCAUGUAUUUCCCCGCGGUGCCAAUCUCCGACCUUUCGGACCCGGCCCGUUACAGAACCUUACCCCGGCGCAGUCACCUCUACCUCGGCGAGACGGUCCGCUUCCUCCUGGUGCUUCGGUGCAGGGACGCGUCCAGCGGAGAGACACCGACAGGGCCGGGGAUUGGGAUAGUGGGAGGCGGGGAAGGUGUUGCUGGGUUCGGCUCAGAGACCCCAAGUGUCCGGGCAUGGAGGGAGCUGGCCGGUUCUUUGUGCGCCGUGGCCAGCGUCAGCCCCGGAGAGAGCAGGCACCGGUCGCAUCAUCUCCACCACGAUUACCAGAGCAGCGGGGACGAGGGCACGGAGGAGGCCGAGGAUGAGUACGGGGCUCCGGCUUUGACAGGCAGGGUGGAUGCGAGAUGCCGGGGCUUCAGGGACUGCAGGCCGCUUCUCAUCCACAACAGCACGGGGAGUGGGGUUCGGGAGUUCCGCAGGGCGCCGUUGCAGUCUCCAUUGGACGAGCCUGUUGUGUUGACUGAUGAAGUCAUCUUCCCCCUGACCGUGUCAUUAGACAAACUUCCCGUCGACACCCUCAAAGUCAAGGUGAUGGUGACAGUGUGGAAGAGAGAGGCAGAGAAAGCGGAGGUUCAGGAACAUGGCUACCUUAGCAUCCUACAGCAGCGAAUCCCCACACACACCUUCAGACAAGACCUUAACACCUUCAAAGCACAGGUGAGCACCACUCUGACAGUGCUACCACCCCCUACUGUUCACUGUAAGCAGAUGACUGUCUCUGGGAAGCAUCUCACUGUGCUCAAAGUAUUAAAUGAGUGUUCUCAGGAGGAGGUGACUGUGAGGGACAUCAGGAUUCUGCCAAACUUCAAUGCCUCCUACCUGCCCAUGAUGCCAGAUGGAUCUGUGAUGCUUGUCGACAACGUGUGCCACCAGUCAGGAGAGGUUGCCAUGGAGUCGUUCUGCAGGAUGGAGAGUGUAGCCUGUCGACUACCCAGCAUGCUCAGCGCCCUGGAGGAAUACGACUUCCUGUUCCAGCUGCAGCUCAGCGACAUGCCCCAGGACGACUCCAAAGAGGGUCUUGAAGUUCCUCUAGUAGCAGUGCUUCAGUGGUCAACUCCCAAGAUGCCCUUCACCAACUGCAUCUACACACACUACAGACUGCCCAGUAUCCGGUUGGACCGUCCCAGGUUCGUGAUGACUGCCAGUAGCCCCAGCACCGUGCAGACCAAGGACCACUUUAGGGUCAGAUACACUCUGCUCAACAACCUGCAAGACUUCCUGGCUGUACGUCUGGUCUGGACACCCGAGGGUCGUGGGCAGAGUGAGGAUGCAGCGUUGGGGGCUGUAGUGUGUCACUCCCCCCUCAGUAACCUGGGCCACUGUCGGAAAGGCUGCACUCUCUCCUUCACUGUCGCCUUCCAGAUACUCAAGGCAGGACUCUACGAGCUGAGUCAACAUAUGAAGCUGAAGCUGCAGUUCACAGCAUCUGUCUCCAACCCACCCCCCGACGCCCGCCCUCUCUCCCGUAAGAACAGUCCAUCCAGCCCUGCUGUAAGAGACCUACUGGAUAGACACCAGGCCAGUCUGGGACGAUCACAGAGUUUCUCUCAUCAACAACCGUCACGCUCUCACAUCAUGAGGACUGGCAGUGCGAUGGAAAGGCGAGCCAUCACCCCCCCGGUGGGCUCUCCUGUGGGUCGGCCCCUCUACCUGCCCCCCCAGGAGAAAGCUGUGCUGUCAUUGGACAAGAUCGCUAAGAGGGAGUGCAAAGUCUUGGUGCUGGACCACAUCAGCUAGGAGAGGGAGGGAGAUGAGAGGUGAAGAGGGAAGGGAAGAUACAAGAUGUGGGGUGAGGGAGGAUGGGGGGAGAGAGGAUAGGGUAGAGAGAGAAUAAGAGAUAGAUAAGAUGAAUGGAGGGAGAAGAAUGUUGACAAAGAUAGAUGAGCGAAAGAUGCAGAUAGAGAGAAAUGAGUGUGAAGAUGAGGGCCUAAGAUCUAAAUUGAGGAUGAGGCAGAAGCCACAGUAUUAUCUAAAUGUAACUGAUUUGAUCUCUAACACUCAUGCUGCUACUGAUGUGUGAACUAUAGAAGUAGUUUAUUCUAUUUCUAUGGUCAGAACAACAAACCUGUUGGAGUGUGAAGAGAACCCAUGUGAAACCAUGUCGCCUUCUGUGAGGUCACAGUGGUCGGUUUGAUGUCCCUACCCUAACCAUAACCCCCACCCUUACUGUAAACAUAACCCUUACCUAACUCUAAUCUUAACUCUCGCCAUAACUGUUAAAUUUAAACUUCAAUGGGGUGACGUCAGAAUUGUGAUGUCCUAAGGAUCCCGUUUAGACUUUUCCCUUGAUUCAUUUCUUAUUUAGAUAGAACUAUCCCUUUUGAGAAAUACUACUGUACAGUUCUCAAAUACUGUAUGUUAUACUUUGCUAAAUGCUGCCAGUUAUGCAAGCUAUACAGAACAUUAUUGCACUGUACAAACUUCACUGUCCAUGAUGCCUUUUACAGUGUUUAGCUCUAUUUAUUAUUCUGAUCUCUUACUCUCCCCCCCCUUUCUUGGCUCAGUGUCAGUAUAGUAAUAUCAGCAAUGCCAUACUUUUAAGCUGCUGCUUGUGAAAGCAUGUUUUGAUUGUUUUUAAAGACUUUUGUUAAUAUUGACGGUUUAAAAUGCUCAGGCACUUUAAUUGAAGUCGCUUUACAGUGAAUCAGUGCUGCUCCCUGUUGUUGAAACUCUGUGGGAUGCAUCUCAAUAGUCUUAGGGGGUGUGCACUCAUCACCUUUCCUCCAUCUAAGUACACUGACAUUAAGAAACUGGAAAGGUGGAAGUCCUAGUCCGCCUCUCGCGCAGCAAAGAUGGAGGAGAAAAGGACAGGAUAAUAGGAGAGGAGGCCACUAUAGACUAUUGAGAUGCAGCUGGUAUUCUUUUCUGCUAUUGUUGAUUCCUGGUUUACAUUAGGAGAGGAGAGAACUACCUGAUCUCUGUAUCGCUGCAUCUCAUCAAGAUCAUUAAAUCCCAUCAGCAGCACUACACUGUGUCAUUUUAAACUGAGGUGAGUAUGUAGUGCCUUCAAACUCAACUCUGGACUUUUUUCAUCGUUCCCCUCUAAUCAGAGACUGAUUUUGACCUGGAACACCAGGUGUGUGCAAUUAAU